UGUGGGGCUUGUUUAACUAACGACUCGGCGUUAUCUGUUCGGGUGGGGGUUGGGGAAGGCGACCCCGGGCUGUUUUCCCUCUAAAUCGGUUUAUGUUUAACUUGCUCGAACGGGAGAUUAAAUAAAUUACCAUACAAUAUCCUACGCGCCCACAUCGGUACCCCGCUUCUGGCUAAACACCGCGGCGAACAAUUCACUCCAACCGGGGACGCAUUUGGCGGCAGAUAACGUUAAGACGACUUGUUUGGGCGCCCCGUGCAGUGGGUUUUACAACUGCUGUUUUAAGUGCUUUUAGACAGUCAUGUGAUUGUAACGUAACCCGACCGGAAAACACCGACGACCAUCGCCGCCAAUGCUGCGUUUGAGAGGAACAGAGCAGCUGCGAGCCCAACGGACAAGUCCCCCGGUAACAAACAACAACACGGCUAACUCAGGAUAGACGCUGCGUAACAAGCGACUGCGUGCGGCUGAAGCCGGUGGACAUCGCGCCGGAUAUCUUCAGCUACCUGCUGAACCUGAUGUACACGGGACGUCUGCCCUCUCAGCUGAUGGACCCGACGCGUCUGGAGGAGGGAGUCAACUUCCUGCACCUGCACCUGCACGCCUUCCCCCUGCUGCAGGACCUGCACCCCCCCUCCGAGACCCCCCCGGCCCACACGGCCCCCACCGCCCCCACCGCCGCCUCCGCCCUCUACGGCAUUCAGAUCUCCGACCAGCAGGAGGCGCUAGCCGCUCGCCUCUCCUCCUCGCCGCCCGACGCCGGAGCCGGAGCGCUGGGAUUGGACGAGGCCAGGGGCGGAGGGGCGGAGCUACGGGAGACCUUCAGCACGCAGCAGCGCAGCACGGAGGACGUCGUCAUGGACACUGUCGUCAUGGACGCUGCGUACGCCUCCUCCCCCCCCCACUCCUCCUCCUCCCCCCCUCCCCCCUGCGUCUCCAUGGCGACGGGCGCCGGCACCAUCCUGCACGUGAAGCCGAGCAUCAUGCACCGCUCCUUCCGCCGGCAGCACUCGUGCCACGUGUGUGAUGCUCGCUUCCCCCAGCGCUCGGCCCUGCGAGAGCACCUGCUGCACACACACACGCACACACACACGCACACACACACGCACACGCAGGCUGCGCUGCACACACACACACACGCUGCGCUCCCCCUGGUGGCUGACGGCGGCGCCACGCCCGAGAUGGAGGAGCUGCUCCGCAGCAGCAGCAGCGCCAUGGCAACCGCUGCCAUCACCGCGGCGACCGCCUCCUCCACCCUGGCGUCGGACGGAGAGCAGCCCAGCGCCUCGUUAUCGUCCUUGUUCUCCUCCUCCGCCCUCAAGCGCUCGCCACGCCCCCACCUCCCCCACCUCCCCCACCUCCCCGUCUCCAUGUACGCCGCGCUGGGCCAGCCUCAGGCCGACACCCCCCCGCCCUCCGACAUCGCCGACAUCGACCACCUGGAGGGUGCGGAGGCCUCGGAGCAGGUGGAGCGAGAGGUGGAGCAGACGGAGCAGCAGGAGCAGCAGGAGCAGGCCGAGCGGGAGGUGAAGCGACGCAAGUACGAGUGCUCCACCUGCGGGCGCAAGUUCAUCCAGAAGAGCCACUGGCGCGAGCACAUGUACAUCCACACGGGCAAGCCGUACCGCUGCCAGGCCUGCGGCAAGAGCUUCUGCCGCGCCAACCAGGCCGCGCGCCACGUCUGCCUCGGGCACGCCGACGCCAGCGAGCACCGCCAGGGGGCGACAGAGCUCUGCAGCAGCGCCGACCACAGCCAGCUGGAGGCGCUGUUCCUCAGCAGCAGUGCAGGCCAACAACCCUACAGGUGUAAUGUGUGUGACGCCAGCUUCUCCAGCCCCCAGCAGGUGCUCAAACACCUGUGCUUCACGCAGGUGCCCUACUCCUCCUCUGCCGCCGCCCAGCUCGCCAUGACAACGGCCGCCGGGGCAGCGGACUUACACGCCCAAGACGCCGCGGUCAAGGACGAGGGCUCAGACUCAUCCAACGGCAGCCAGGACGGCACUCCCGUACGCACCAUCAAGACCGAAGAGCUGUCUGUGGAGUAGAGCAGUGUGUGUGUGUGUGUGUGUGUGUGUGUGUGUGCUGUCUGUGUGCUCCCGUAUGCACCAUCAAGACCGAAGAGCUGUCUGUGGAGUAGAGCAGUGUGUGUGUGUGUGUGUGUGUGUGUGUGUGUGUGUGUGUGUGUGUGUGUGUGUGUGUGUGCUCCCGUACGCACCAUCAAGACCGAAGAGCUGUCUGGAGUAGAGCAGUGUGUGUGUGUGUGUGUGUGUGUGCUCCCGUACGGACCAUCAAGACCGAAGAGCUGUCUGGAGUAGAGCAGUGUGUGUGUGUGUGUGUGUGUGUGUGUGUGUGUACGGAGUCUAGGCCUUUGGUCUGGUGGUGAUGUUACUAAAUUAUGGGUCAGUAGUGUAAGCUCUGGUCAAGCCUGGAAAAGAUGGAAAAAAAAUAGGAUGUGUACAGGUGUGUGUACAUGUGUGUGUACAUGUGUGUGUACAUGUGUGUGUACAGGUGUGUGUACAUGUGGCAGGGUGUGUUUUAAUCGCCUACUGCAUUCUCAUGUUUUAAUCGCCUACUGCAUUUUGAUUUUAUUUUGCUUUUAUACGUUUUGUUUGGUGUCAAUAAUUUAUGCACUCGUGACGGGCAGAGCCAACCAGGGAAGUUGAACUAGAAGCCAGUUUGGGCCCCUCACCGAACCAGCCAGUCAGUUAGGCCCCCAUGUGCUGCAGGCGAGGGAUGUGUGUGUGUCUGUGUGUCUGUGUGUCUGUGUGUGUGUGUGUGUGUGUGUGUGUGUGUGUGUGUGUGUGUGUGUGUGUGUGUGUGUGUGUGUGUGUGUGUGUGUGUGUGUGUGUGUGUUAGUCCCCCAUGUGCUGCUGUUUCGGGGACGGGAGAGGCUGAGUUCCGUUGCCUCAGACGUUGUGGCUUGAGGCCCCUUCGCCUCUUGGGUAACAGUUAAAGACAGGAAGGGGAAGUACAGGGGAGGCCUCCACACACACACACACACACACACACACACACACACACACACACACACACACACACACACGUACAGAAGAGGCCUCUACAGUUAAGCCGACUGAGACUGGCUCGACAGAACCCUCAAACUAACUCUGCAGCUCCAAAGGUCCUCACCAGAACACCAACCAUUUUGCGCUACAUGUCUUCAUUGGCACGCUAACCAUCCUGUUCUACGUCCUCCCUAAUAAGCUAACCAUUCUGUUAGCAUGCUAACCAUUCUGCUCUACAAGUCCUCCCUAAUAAGAUAACCAUUCUGCUAGCAUGCUAACCAUUCUGCUCUACAAGUCCUCCCUAAUAAGAUAACCAUUCUGCUAGCAUGCUAACCAUUCUGCUCUACAAGUCCUCCCUAAUAAGCUAACCUGGCUGUUAGCAUGCUAA